AUGGUGCUUCAUCGAUCUGAAAGUUAUCCUAUUCGUGGAAUUUUUUAUUUAAUUCGUCAUCCAUCAUUAUGGAGACAAAUAUUUUGCGGCCUUAUUGUAAUGAUUUUAGUAUCAAUAAUAGGAUCAAUAUUAUUAUUUAUAUUUGCAUUUCCUGUUCAAGCAAAUUGUUUAUCAGAAUAUAUGCCCGAUUGGAUAGCAUGGAUAAUAAGUUUUGUUUUAACUUUAUUUGAAAUCGGUAUAACAGUUCUUGUAUGUUCAUCAUUAUUUCUUGCAUAUUACAUGAAUAUUAUAUUUGAUGCUAUAUGGCGUCAAGAAACAAUGACAACUAAUCGAGAAGAAAUACAAUUGACAUCAUCAACAAGAACUGCUUGUAUCAAAUCAUUUUUAGUAUUAAUUAUAUUUCGUGUUGUUCUUGUUGUAUUAACAUUUCCAUUAAAUUUAAUUCCAAUUAUUGGAACAAUGCUUUUUAUUUAUAUGAAUGGUUAUUAUUAUGCAUGGUCAUUACAUUGUCGUUAUUUCGAUUUAAUUGGUUUAAAUUUUGCACAAGGAAAACAUUUUGUUGAAGAAAAUCGAUCUGAUUAUAUCCGGUUUGGUAUAGUUGCUGUUUCAUUUGAAAUGAUUCCAUUUCUAAAUAUAAUAACACCAAUAACAAAUGUUAUUGGUAGUGCUAUUUGGGCUUGUGAUAUUGAACGAUUUAAAGAACCAUUGAGCCAUCCAAGAAGUUAUUUAUUAUCACCUAGUCCAGCUUUAAUUGAACAAGGACAAAUAGAUUAUGGUGCAAUGAAAUAUGAAAAAGGUCAAAUAUCGCCACCAGCUUAUCAAGAUGUUUUAGAAAACAAUAUGUACCCAUCAGCUCCACCAAAUGAAAAACAAUAG